AUGGCUUCGACGGAAGACACCGACGACCUCUACGCCGACCUCUACGCCGACACCGGCGCUCAGGAUAUCGAUGGCAACCCGACCAGCGGCGGCGGCCUGACCGAGGACGGCGACGAAGACGACCUCAUCAUGUACAACGACGACACCACCACCCAGCCUGCCGCCUCCGACUCGAACCUGCCAUCCAAGCCUUCUUUCAUCCCUCCUGCCAGCGGCAAGAGCACCUCUUUCAUCCCGCCACCUCCUGCAGCAGCAGCAGGAGCAGCAGCAGCAUCGUCGUCAUCGUCGAAACAGCCGCCACAAGGUGUGAACCCUGGCCAGCAGAGCAACGGUUCCGCGCACACAUCACAGCAGGGUGCGGGCCAGUCGACCGGCGAUGCGGCCGCCAAACCAGAGAAGGGCGAUGGAUCCGGCGCCGAAAAGACCCUGUUGCCUCAUGAGAUGCCAGAAGAAGGCAAGAUGUUUGUUGGCGGGCUGAACUGGGAUACCACCGAUGAGGGCCUGAGAAACUACUUUUCGCAGUUUGGCGAGGUCGGACACUGCACCAUCAUGCGAGACGCCGCAACGGGCCGGUCGAGGUGCUUUGCCUUCCUCACCUUUGUCGAUCCCAAGGCCGUCAACACCGUCAUGGUCCGGGAGCACUUCCUCGACGGCAAGGUGAUCGAUCCCAAGCGGGCCAUCCCCCGUCCCGAGCAGAACGUUUCGCGCUCGCAAAAGGUCUUUGUGGGCGGCCUGCCGCAGAGCGUGACGCCGCAGUCGUUCCGCGCCUACUUUGAGCAGUUCGGCGCCGUCAUCGAGAGCAACUGCAUGAUGGACAAGGAGACGGGCAACCCGCGCGGGUUCGGCUUCAUCACCUUUCAGGACGAGACGAGCGUCCAGCACGUGCUCAACAUCCAGCCGCUCAACUUUGAGGGCAAGAUGGUCGAGGCCAUCGCGAGGAUGUACCAGCAGAUGGGCUGGGGGUCAGCCAACUGGAACCCGCAGAUGGCAUGGCAGCAGAUGACGGCCAGCCUGGGCGGCAUGGGCGGCAUGGCGGGCAUGGACAUGGGCAUGGGCGGCAUGGGCAUGGGCAUGCAGGGCAUGGGUAGCGGCAUGGGCGGAGGAAUGGGAGGCAUGGGCAUGGGAGGCAUGAGCAACGGAGGAGCCAGCAACGGCGUCGGAUGGGGCAGCCAAGGAGGCCGAGGCGGCGGUGGUGGCGGUGGUGGUGGCGGCAACGCUGGUGGUGGCUACCGCCGCGACCAACCUCGAGGGAGCCUGCAGCCGCCCGGCUCGGCGGGCCUGCCUUCCCGACCCAUGAGCGGAAGUCCUCCAUCGAGCGGCGCCACGGGCGGAGGGGGACAUGCGGGCAGCUAUGGGCGCGACCACAGUCGCGAGAGGUCGCCGAUGCGCAACCGCAGCGACUCGAGGGACGCCCACCGACGCGAGCGGUCGCCGCAGCGAGGCGGUUCGGGCCGCAACUACGACUCGGGCCAGCAGCAGCGAGGCCAGCGCUUCUAG